GCUCAUCGACGCCCAACUCGCCAUGGCGAACUAGACCUGUAGUGACAUUACCGAGGAGGACCUCAACCGCCUGGUGAGUCAGUUCUUCCUCCCGGCGAAGACAGACGCCAAGGAGUGGAGAGUUCCCAGGCUCGAAUGCCCAUUGGAGCUGCCCGCCAGGAUGUUAUUGAUCAUGACCUUUCUGGUUCUCAAAUGCUUCCACAUCUUAGUAGCACUCAGUUGAGCCAAAUGAUGCAAGAGGAGCCUCAGCCUAGCUUGCUCUCACAACAACGAGGGCCAUUGCCAGAUCCUGACUUCAUCAUGACCAACAGACCCAUUGCAAGGUCUGCUCCACUUACAACAGGCACCAAGCAAGGCAAAGCUGCCGCUACAAAGAAGAGAAAGGUGGCAAAGAACACUGAAGUUGCAGCAAGCAAGAAGAACACUGCAGCAAAGAACACUGGAGCUGCAUCUAGCAAGAAAAAGACGGCAGCAAAGAGUGGGACUACUUGAUCAAGACUGAGAGAUAGCUGUUUACUUUUGUGAAUGAUAGAUAGCUGUUUACUUUUGUGCAAGGCAGAGGAGGAUGGUCUGUCUUGUCCUAAUAUUUAUGUAAGGUGGUGGGCACUAGUUUAAGGUCACGCUAGCAGCAUCAAACAAUGUGUUAAGUCAUGUAGUGCUUAUCUUGGUUUAAGAGCAUUACUCAUCUGUCAUAUCCAAUGCAAAAUGCAUUUCAUGCUUGUGACUAGUCAAUACGUGGAGAUCAAAUUAUAUCUGUCAUAA